AUGUCGGCAUCACUAGCUACAGAGUGUAAUGAAGUCAAGGAGCGUUAUGACAGCUGCUUUUUGAAAUGGUACAGCGAGAAAUACCUCCGCGGCACAGCAACAUCGGAUGAAUGCGAACCUCUGUUUGCAAAAUACAAGCAAUGUCUGAGUCGUGCACUCAAGGAUCGUGGCAUUGACAAGAUGCUCGAUGAAGCACGAGCGGACAACCGCGAAAACGAUCUCGAGAAUAUGAAACCGGGCAGUGGAUGA